CUCGAUUAGUUGCUAAAGGGUAUACUCAAACUGAAGGAAUAGAUUAUUUAGAUACUUUUUCAACUGUUAGGGCCUUGCUUGCUUUAGCUUCCAUAAAAGGAUGACAUUUACAUCAAUUAGAUGUAAAUAAUGCUUUUUUUCAUGGUGAAUUAGAUGAGGAUGUGUAUAUGAAAGUACUUCUAAGUUUAAAACUUCCUCCUAAUUCUGGUGAUGUUGUAUGCAAAUUGAACAAAUCACUUUAUGGCCUAAAACAAGCUAGUAGGCAGUGGAAUGACAAGUUAACGGAGUUCCUUUUGAAUGUUGGUUACACACAAUCAAAAGCUGAUUACUCAUUGUUUACUAAACAAAAGGAUGGGCAGUUUCUUGCUUUACUUGUAUAUGUGGAUGAUAUAAUUUUGGCUGGUGAUUACUUGUCUGAAAUUGAAAGUCUUAAGAAGGGUUUAGAUGCUGCAUUCAAAAUCAAAGACAUAGGACAUGUUAAAUACUUUCUUGGUUUGGAAAUUGCGCGAAAAUCUACCGGUAUUUCUAUUUGCCAACUUAAGUAUGUUUUAGAUCUCUUAUCUGAUUCUGGAUUGUUAGCUACCAAACCUGUUAGUACACCUUGUAAUCCAGGAAUAAGGUUGUCUAGGAAAUCUGGGGUUCUACUUGAUGAUGCCUCUGUCUAUCGUUGAUUGGUAGGACGUUUAUUGUAUCUAUGUAAUACACGUCCUGACAUAGCAUUUGCUGUACAUCAGUUAACUUAAUUCAUGAGUGCUCCUACUGAUGUACAUUUGCAAGCAGCCUAUCGAGUCCUUCAUUAUUUGAAAGGUAAUCCUGGUCUUGGUUUGUUCUUUCCUAGUACUUCAGAACUGACUCUUAAAAGCUUUUUCAAACAGUGAUUGGGCUGGUUGCCCGGAUUCCCGACGUUCCACAACAGGUUUCUGCGUUUUUUUAGGUAAAUCAUUGAUUACUUGGCAUUCCAAGAAACAGAAAACUAUAUCUCGGUCCUCCACUGAGGCUGAAUAUAGGGCUAUGGCAAACCUUACUUGUGAGAUUCAAUGGUUGCUUUAUGUGUUUGUUGCUUUAGGUGUUUCUUUUCCUGCACCUAGUGUCUUAUAUUCUGAUAGUCAAUCUGCUAUUCGCAUUGCUGAAAAUCCGGUUGCACACGAGCGUACCAAGCACAUAGAAUUAGAUUGCCAUUUAACGCGCGAUAAGAUAGCUUCUGGUUUGAUAAAGGUGCUGCAUAUUUCUACUUCUAACCAAGUUGCUGAUCUGUUUACAAAGUCUUUGCCUACUGCAGUAUUCUCUGUUUUGCAUGCCAAGCUGGGCACUCUUGAUAUUCAUGCUCCAGCUUGAGGGGGGUGUUGGACUAUAUUGUAAACUAGAAUUAGUUUAAGGACCAUGUUGUACUAUUGGUUUAUAUUUGUGUAUUAUUUUGUUAGUUUUUUUAUUUACAGCCUGUAUAUAUUGUAUUAACAAACCGUGUAAAUUUACCUUUUUAUGAAAUAAAACAAGUAGACUCGUUCUCUCUCAUCUGGUCCAGAUCCAUCGCCACCGUCCCUCCUCAAGUCGCUCCAAUGGUUGGCCGAUUCUUGUCUUGUGGCUGGAAAUUGAGAGGCAGGCUUGAGCUUGCUUGCGGCAGGGAAGAAGGAGCCGGAGACUCCAAUUGACUGUCAUUUUCUUGAUUCUCAAAGUCCUUUGACAAAAAAAAAAAAAAAAACAGUCGUUUUGAUCUGGUUUGGUCCGAACUGGAUCAAUGCGUAACCCUGCUCACGGGCGCCAUUCAAGCCCGCUGUAGAGAUGAGGGUCAAGUUGAAUUGGGUUUAUGGGCCUAGAAACAAGCUAGACUGGUGGGCUUGUCAACCGUGGAUCGUGCAAUGCCUGGCCUUGACUCAACACAAAACCCUAAGUACCCACGGCCACAUUGAAAUCAAACCCUAAACACGUUCUGCAAAUCUAAAGCUUCAAUUAGCCCAGCCGAUUUAGGAAAUAUUGACACGGUGCAAUAAAUCAAUGUAAAUUCGACACCAACACAAAAUAAAACGUGGCUAACAUGUCACACGUUGUUGGACACAAUCGUAUAAUAGUCCAUACCAACACCACCCGAACUAAGAUUUUCUUGAAAUAGAAUCCCUUCUAUUGCGUAGAUAUCACCAGAUUAAACAUCUACUCUUUAACUUUCGAUCUGAUUACAAUAUGUACACAAUACACCACCGCUACUCUUUUUAAUAAAUGUUGUAUCUAGGACCUUUCAUAACACAAACGAUUUUCACGUCAUUGUUACAUCAAAACUCUCUUUUUCACGUCAUUGUUACAUCAAAGAGCAACCAACAUGUUUGGGUAAAGGCCGGGAAUGAAAGGAAAGGCAAAUUUGGCUUUUAUCACUUUGUACUGUCGUGACCAUGUCAUCAUCUAUCUCCCAUUGUUUAUCCAUGUUGGGCAAUGGCUCACUUUCACCUAUUUAAUUAGCUUUUGAAAAUGUCGAGGAGAUAUUAUUAAAAAAAAUGAUCAUCUAUGUGGUUAAUGAUGAUUUGGAUAUGGAUUAACACCAUAAGUAGUAUGACUUGGAGUGUUAAUCAUCACAAUGCAUUAACAUGACAAAAAUCAUUAUAAAUUGAACCAACGAUCUCCAAAUUGUCAUUUUGUUCAAGUGUAGUUGGAUAAAAAAAAGAUUUAUGUUUAAAGAAUAUCUUUAUUGGGCAUAUAAAAUUAAUAACAGUGAAUUUUUGCAACUUGGUUGUUAGAAAGAUUAUUGCUUGAGUUUAGAUUAACUAAGAUAGUGGUUUACAUGCAUCUAUAUUUGAUUAUUUUUAAUAUUGAGAUAUUUUCUAUAUGAUAAUACACACGGUGAGAAUAAAAAAAUCAAAUAAAAAUGGACAAACAAUUUAUUUCCUUGAUUGAUUCAAACUUGGUUAAGUCCAUAGGAAAGGGCAAUGGAUUUUUCUUAAUAAUAUGAAGGUCAUUGA